AUGGAAGUUAAUAGGUCUCGAGUCGGUAGUAAGGGUUUUGAGAAGGGUGACUCAAGUAGAAAAGGGAAGGGGAUGGCCAUUGAUGCUUCAAAAGCCACUUUUCCCCCUAAACCACCACACCACCAGCAGUUCCAACGCUCCAAUUUUGCUUCUCAGGCUUCAAGUUUUGGUCAGCCAAAUGUGAAUGUUAGUGCACCCUAUACACAGGUCCCAUACCCCAAUUUUGGAUCUAAUCAUACACACCUUGGUCUGCAUACUAAUCCCUCAUACCCUAAUUUUGUUCCAACCAAUUUUGCUCACCCAUACUACUGCCAUCAAGACCCUUAUGGGAACAGUUGCCAGUAUCCUCAGACUUACUCUUUUACACCAAACCCAAACCACAUUUACACUACCACCACCACCCAUACACCGAGGGCUACAGUAACAGCUCAAGGUGCUCCCACAUUUCAACACCACCAUACUGCAAUCCCAAUUUUUGAUCCUAACCUGCCAACAAUGAAACAAAUGAAGCUGGACUUCAUGCAAUUUGCCGGGGGUGAUCCGGUAGAAUGGUUAAACAAGGCAGAGCAGUAUUUUGAAUUUUAUCAGAUACCGGAGGAGAGGAAAUUGUCUCUUGCUGCUAUGCAUCUGGUGGAAAAGGCUUCUGAUAGGUGGUACAUGUUUCGACAUGAAUUUCCACCAACUUGGGAAGGUCUCACUGAGCUAUUAAUGAGGGAAUAUAGCAGCCAUAGUUUGAUUGACUACCAAGCUGCACUAGCUAGGAUGAGUCAAACUAGCUCAGUGGAACAGUACAUAGACCAGUUCACCAAACUAUCAAGGAGAGCUCCUGGAUUCUCACCUCAGGCCUUGCUUUCAUUUUUUGUGGGUGGUCUCGAAGACAACAUCAGAGCUGAUGUCAAGGCCUUGAAACCAAAGACUUUGUAUGAGGCUUGUGAGUUAGCAAAAACUUUUGAAGAAAGGGAACUGCAUCUCAGAGUGCAUAAUAGGACAACUCUCAACCAGAGGAUCAACAAUGCAAUAGCUCCAAGAGUUGGGGCUGCACAAAACCAGGUUGUAAGGGCUCCUAUGCCAGUUAACCAACCAAGGGGUCAAAUUGCUGUUGUGGGAAACAAUGGAGCUGGCACUAGAAGGCUAUCACAAGCGGAGUAUCAAGAAAGGAGAGCCAGAAACCAAUGCUUUUUUUGUGAUGACAUUUUUCGCCCAGGCCACAACUGUAGAAGAGGUCAACCCUUGAUGGUAAUCGAGGUUGUCCCGAAAGAAGUUGAGUUGAGAGGGCCUGAACCAAUGGCGGAAGGAGAAAUGGAAGAGCAAGAAGAUGGAGCUAAUGCAGAUCAGAUAUUACAGCUCAAUGCGGUAGGUGAUGGGAGUAGUAGCAUAAUGCAACUCAAGGGGUGUUGCAACAAGAGACAGCUACACACCCUAAUUGAUUCUGGUGCUUCUCACAGUUUUAUGCACCCAAAUGUGCUGAAGAAUGUGAGGGCACAGGUGGAGGUUAUUAAGCCUGUGAGAGUAAGAGUAGCUAGUGGGAAGAUUUUAGUAACCACUAAAAUUGCCACUUUGGAGCUUUGUUUGCAAGGGUACACAUUUUUGUUCCAAUACUAUGUUCUGCCCAUUUUAGGUAGUGAGAUCAUAUUGGGAGCCAACUGGCUGAAAACCCUAGGAGACAUUGUAUGGAACUUUGAGCACAUGACCAUGAAGUUUGACAGUUUGGGGAAGCGACAUGUGCUGCAGGGGGAAACAGAAACUAAAGCUACUGUGAAAGGAGAAAUAGAGAAGAUCAUACAAGAGUUGUUAGACAAUGGAGUAAUCAGACCUAGUGUUAGUCUAUUCUCUUCACCAGUUCUAUUGGUCAAGAAAAAAGAUGGAAGCUGGAGGCUGUGCAUCGAUUACAGGGCUUUAAACGCUGCUACGGUUAAGGAUAAAUAUCCCAUACCAAUCGUGGAUGAGUUAAUUGAUGAGGUGCAUGGAGCCACUAUCUUUUCAAAGCUGGACUUGAGGUCUGGAUACCACCAAAUCAGAAUGAGGGCGGAGGAUAUAGAGAAAACAGCCUUCAGAACCCACUCAGGCCAUUAUGAGUUUUUAGUUAUGCCGUUUGGCUUAACUAAUGCUCCUUCCACCUUCCAGUCCCUGAUGAAUGAGCACUCCUUGAAAGUCAAAGAAAGUAAGUGCACUUUUGGGGUUAAUCAAGUGGAGUACUUAGGUCAUAUUGUGAGUGCAGAAGGGGUUGCCGUGGAUCCUGCAAAAAUCUCCAGUAUACAGAAAUGGCCCAUUCCCACAAGCUUGAAAGCACUAAGGGGAUUUUUAGGCUUGGCUGGAUAUUAUAGAAAAUAUGUGAGAGGUUUUGGGAUCAUUGCUAAGCCUUUGACAGACCUCCUUAAGAAAGAUGCUUUUAAGUGGAGUGAUGUAGCAACAGUGGCUUUUGAAGCACUAAAAAAUGCCCUUACUUAUGCUCCUAUGCUAGCCAUUCCAGACUUUUCAAAGGAGUUUGUAGUUGAAUGUGAUGCUUCUGACCUUGGCAUUGGGGCAGUGCUUUCUCAGGGGGGUCAUCCCAUUGCAUUUAUGAGCAAGGCUUUGGCUCAAAGGCAUUUAGCUCUUUCAGUUUAUGAUAAGGAGAUGUUAGCUGUUGUUGCUGCUGUCCAGCAUUGGAGACCAUACCUGUUAGGGCACCAUUUCCAAAUUCUCACAGACCACAGAACCAUUGAGCACUUUCUCAAGCAAAGAAUCACAACCCCUGCUCAACAAAAGUGGUUAGUUAAACUCAUAGGGUAUGAUUACACCAUCCACUACAAGACAGGGAAAAAUAACAUAGUGCCGGAUGCCUUGUCAAGGAACCCAACUCUCACUGUCAUCUCCGGUAUGUCUCAACCUACUCAUGAUUACUUGGCUGAGAUACAACAAGCUUGUUUAAAGGAUGGGGACAUCAAGGAGCUCAUUCAUAAGCUGCAGCAAGGCCAUCAAGUGCAGAAACACUAUUCAUUAUGCAAUUCUCACCUGUAUUACAAGCAAAAAAUCUUUGUACCACCAGUUGACAAUUGGAGGUCAAGGAUCAUUGCUGAGUUUCAUGAAGGGAUACAUGGGGUCAUGCUGAGAAAUCAUUAUGAGACCAUCUUACCCCCAGGUUUGUUACAACCGUUGGCUAUCCCUGAGAGAGCAUGGAGUGUCAUUUCAAUGGACUUCAUUGAGGGUUUGCCUAAUUCUGAGGGAAAAUCAGUUAUUUGGGUAGUUAUAUGCAAGCUAACCAAAUAUGCUCAUUUUAUUCCUCUAGCACAUCCAUACACUGCUGCAACUUUGGCCAAGAUUUUUGUGAAGGAGGGAACCAAGCUUAGUAAAUCUUCUGCUUAUCAUCCACAAUCAGAUGGACAGACUGAGAAUUUGAAUAGGACUGUGGAGCAAUAUCUGAGGUGUGUCAUUGGGGAGAAACCUCAGCAGUGGGUGCAAGUUUUGCCCUGGGCAGAAUGGUGGUAUAAUACUGCUUUCCAUUCAGCCAUAUAG